AUGCCACCAAGCAGCCCAUGGGGAAAGAAGUCACAACAGAAUACCACGCCCUUACCUGGUUUCCCAAAACCCAAACCGGAACCGAAUAAACCGGUCGAAUUCGUGCCGGAGACCCAGUAUGAAGAGAUCCAAGAAGAUGAGCUGGUGGCCUUGGCGUCCAUCUACGGGGAUGACUUUCGUAGGAUAGAGACAAGUCAUGGCGCCUGGAAGAAAGCUGAGCCCAGCUUCGAGAUCCGCAUUACCUCCUCAGACCAGGAUAUAUCUAUAAUCCUAUGUGUCGUCUUCACCGCUUCAUACCCGAAGACGGCCCCGUUGUUGAGUUUCAAAGGCGGCCAAUAUCUCCGAGAAAGUACUUUAUUUAAGCUUCAGAAAGUUAUCGAGACUAAGCCUAAGGAGUUGGUGGCUGCAGAGCAAGCUAUGAUCAUGGAAAUUGUCAACGCGUGCCUGGAUAUCUUGGAAGAUGCUGCCCAAGCUAAGGCGGCUGGCUUGGAAUUGCCCAGCCUAGAGGAGGAGCGUGCUACACACGAGGCAGCUGCAGCUAAGGAAGCACAGCGACAGAAAGAAGAAGGGGAGCGCAAAAAACAAAUAGCGACUUUGGAAGAGGAGCGGAUGCUAGGUUCUCUGGUGCAGGACGAACUAAAGCGCCAGCAAGCAAAAGCUAAAGAGACGAAAAAGAAGAACCGGCUAUCCACAACACUGGUCUCCCGAGCCGCGAUUGACAAUGGUAGUUUCAGAGGCAAGAACGAGCUUCUAGAAUUCGAUCAUCCAAUUAGCCUUAUUGAUGCCAAUGGCAACCCUUUUCUCUUUCAAGUCGUUACAGGCAAGGUCUGUAUACGUCAGGGACCAAUAUCUAAAUGCUUCACUGUAAGACCAGUGGUUUCUCAAGCUGAUGCUCCAACACUUGUCUUAAAGCAGACAGAUCUGGACCCAGGUGUAAAAGACCAAAACGCGUUCAAAAAGCAACUGCAGAUACUUGAGACUGAAUUGAAGUCGCUCAAAGAUAUCAGGCAUCAAAAUAUCCUUGAUCUUCUCGAUUCCAAGGUCCACAAAACUAUUGACGAUGAUGGUGAAUCCGAAUCUGGUUGGACUGUCAGUAUUCUGACUGAAUUUGCUGAGAAAGGAUCUUUGGGAGAGCUGCUUGAUAUUACUGGAACACUUUCUGUUGGCAGAGUCCGUUCCUGGACUAUCGAGCUACUGGAUGCCUUGCGUUUCCUUCAUGAUCAUGGUAUCACUCACGAAGCCAUACACAUGGGAAAUGUGUUACUCGUCCGAGAACAAAGCGGAGAGGUCAAGCCGAAGCUUUCUGACGGGGGCUUCCAAAGGAAGUUGCAGAAUCUCAGUGGGAAGACACAAUCAAAGACCGCGAUUCCAGUUGCCAAGUCGGCAUAUUGGCUCCCCCCUGAGAUAGCAAGUUGCAGCAACUCUGAAUAUACUCAGAAGACGGAUGUAUGGGACUUCGGCAUUAUGUUUCUCCAGAUGGCAUUUGGCCCGUCAGUUCUCAAGAAGUAUUCGUCUCCGACAGCUUUAGCCAACUCUUUAGCUUUGACUGACUCUUGCCAUGAAUUCAUUGUUAAGCUAUUUAAAGCAGAUCCAAAGAAGCGACCGCGCGCUUUCGAGUUAGCCUCUUCUGAAUUUCUUGCGACAGACGCUGAGUUGCUGGAUGUAGAAACUUCCACAGCGGGCUCGAGACAGGGUUCAAUAUCAUCCGCAUAUGCGCUAGCUCCGCGUCGGACCAGGCAUGAUUCCAUGAAUGCGUAUACUGGACCAUUGUCUAGGUACCGAGAAGAUUUCGUAGAAGAGGGUCGGCUAGGAAAGGGAGCUUUUGGAGAAGUGGUUAAGGCACGGAAAAAGCUCGACGGCCAAAUCUAUGCAAUCAAGAAGAUAACGCAAAAGUCCUCGGCAUCCCUGACAGAAGUAUUGAAGGAAGUUCGGCUUCUGUCCCAACUGAGCCAUCCAUCAGUAGUUCGAUAUUACAAUACGUGGACGGAGGAGGUCUUCGAUACUUCUGGGACCGAUGACGAUGCGACAACUACCGAUGCUGCAACUGAAACCUCUCUAGGUGACAUGUCUCUCGGCACUGGUCCAAACAUUGAAUUCGAUGUUAGCACUGGAGGCCUUGAUUUCAUAUCAUCUAGCGGAUACCCACAAAUCGAAUUCGGCUAUGAUGAUGGCUCAGACGCUGUCGAUGAUUCCGAUGAAGAAGACGAUGUAUCGACGAGUGGUAAUAACCACAAUGGCAACGGUGGAUCAAGAUAUGAUAAUAGGCUGUUCUCAAAAAGAAGUAGAUCCGGCUCGCGCUACCACCGCUCCUAUAAGACGAUUCUUUAUAUCUCUAUGGAGUACUGUGAGAAACGUACACUUAGGGAUCUCAUCAAACGAGGAUUACAUAAAGAGGUUGAUGAAAUAUGGCGUGUUUUUCGGCAAAUCCUUGAAGGCCUCGUCCAUAUCCAUGGUCUCAAUAUUGUUCACCGAGAUCUCAAACCUGAGAAUAUCUUCAUCGACAGCACCUCCAAUGUGAAAAUCGGCGACUUUGGACUUGCGACAAGCGGACAGUACUCUCUUACAAAGGCGUCCUCAUCUACAACAAUGAAUGCAGAUAUGACGAAGAGUAUCGGGACCGCCUUUUACGUUGCGCCCGAGGUCUCAUCCAAUGUCGGUAGUGGCUCGUACACAAGCAAAGUAGAUAUGUAUUCGCUAGGUAUCAUCUUCUUCGAGAUGUGUUACCGGCCACUAAUUCCAGGGAUGGAGAGAGCUCAGGUUAGUGAGGGCUUGCGACUGAAGCAGCCUAAACUACCGAAAGACUUCGACUUGACCGGAAAGGCUGUGCAGGCUGAUAUUAUAUAUUCUCUUCUCAGCCAUAACCCAAAAGAACGACCUUCUAGCUCCGAGCUUUUGCAGGGCGGCAAACUUCCCGUGCAGAUGGAGAGUGAGACUAUCCGCCGGGCUCUGGCAGGCCUAUCCGACUCAGCAUCGCCUUAUUAUCAGAAGAUGAUGAGCGCCUUGUUUUCAAUGCCAAAUCCACAAGCCAAAGACUUCGCUUGGGAUAUGGGCACCUCGAAUCACAGUGCCAACGACCUCUUACUUCAGGGUCUGGUUAAGCAGAAGCUGACUGCCAUAUUCCGGCAUCACGGAGCUGUUGAGACACCGCGAAAUUUAUUGUUCCCACGCUCUCGUCAUUACGGAUCGAAUGCUGUUCAGCUACUUGAUCCUCACGGGACCGUAUUGCAAUUGCCCUACGACCUUACUCUAUCCCAUGCUCGGAACGUCGCAAAACACGACCCGUUGGUACAGCGGUCCUUUGCUUUCGGUCCCGUUUUCCGAGAUAGAGAGUCUGGGGGCCAACCACAAACCUUCGGCGAAGUUGAUUUCGACAUUGUUUCGUCUGACAGUCUGGAUUUGGCAUUGAAAGAGGCUGAGGUAAUCAAGGUUCUAGAUGAGAUCGUAACGAGCUUCCCAUCUCUAAAUUCGACCCAUAUGUGUUUCCAUGUUAACCACUCGGAUCUCUUGGGUCUUAUAUUCGACUACUGUAGGAUAGAGCCGGGUAUCCGGGAUGCUGUUGCAGAUACACUCAGCAAACUCAAUGUGCAAUCUUGGAGCUGGCAGAAAAUCAGAAACGAGCUACGAUCACCUAUUAUUGGGGUCUCGGUAACCAGUGUCGAUGACUUGCAGAACUUUGACUUUCGAGAUACACCUAACAAAGCAUUUCAAAAGCUGAAAACUAUCUUCGAGGGAACCGAUACGUUCGAGAAGGCAUCUCCAGUUAUAGCUCAUCUUCGAGACGUGAUCGACUACACUAAACGCUUCCAGGUACACAGCAAGAUCUAUGUGAGCCCUCUUGCGAGUCUCAGGGAUAGAUUCUGUAAAGGAGGGGUAGUGUUUUCUUGUCUCUAUGAUAGGAAAUUUAAAGACGUCUUCGCAGCUGGUGGACGCUAUGAUUCUUUGAUUCGAGAACACCGACACCGAGCGGGGAGCCAGGCUGAGGAACGACAUGCCGUUGGAUUUAAUUUGGCGUGGGAAAAGUUGGCUAGGUUGCCCAAGGCAGGGCCCAAAGGUUUUUUGAAAAAGCCCGACGAGGAACUACACGGUGUCUGGAACACGAAGAGGUGUGAUGUGCUGGUCGCUAGUCAUGAUCCAACCAUUCUCCGCACUACAGGUGUCGACAUCGUUCAAAAUCUCUGGGCAAACGAUAUUAGUGCAGAAUUGGCACAAGAUUCAAGGUCCUCGGAGGAGCUGUUUGGCAAAUAUAGGGACGACCACCAUGCGUGGGUUGUGAUAAUAAAACAGGAUUCCGUCGUCAAGGUCAAGAGCAUGGGGCGAAAAGAAGUCGCGGAUACCGAUAUCCCGUCAACUCAACUUUUGGGUUGGCUAAAGGGCGAAAUCCGUGAAAGAGACCACAGGGAAGGGACAUAUCUACGAGCCAAAAUUAACCGCAACACUAAUCAACCCGAUGCCUCCAGCGAGAUUGACAAUAAGCAGGACGUCCGCGUACUUGUAGCUGGCACCAAGAGCAAGAAGUCGAACAGACGAAACAUUGUUGACCAGGCGCAAGCUCAUGCUGCAACUUUGGUUCAAUCAUUCUUAGACGGUCCGAUUGCUGCUAUCGAAACCACUGAUCAUGUUAUGGAACUUAUCCGGGUGACGAAAUUGUCGGAUCCAGAGAGCUGGAGGAAAGUCGUGCAUGCUGUUCCAAUGGCCGAGAGGAGAUAUAUGGGCGAAGUUCAUGACUUGAUGAAUAGCCUGGCGCAGCACAAUAAGGACACCACCCGGAACUCGUUUGUGUACAAUUUCAGGACUGGCAUGUGUAUAUAUUACGAUCUUGGGGCAUAA